GUUGUAACGCUAUUCUUGUUCGACGUGGCGUUUGGACAAAGAAGUUACUUGAAUUUGGUGGAAAACUGUGAAGAAAAACUCGGAUUUUAACCAAAUUCCAGCCUUACUAUGGCGUCCAUACGGCUAUUGCCUUCUUGUAUAGUACUUAUGUUUCUCGCUAGGUCAUCACUUUGUUAUUUUAUCACUAUAGACGCUCAUGGGGAGGAGUGUUUUCAUGAUAAAGUCACGUCCGGCACCAAAAUGGGACUUAUUUUCGAGGUGGCCGAAGGUGGAUUUUUGGACAUUGAUGUAAAGAUUAUAGGGCCAGACCAAAAGGUCAUAUAUUCAGGAGAAAGAGAGACUAGUGGGAAAUACACAUUUGCCGCACAUAUGGAUGGCACUUAUAACUACUGCUUUAGCAACAAGAUGUCGACAAUGACACCAAAAGUGCUCAAGUUCUCUAUGGAUAUUGGAGAGGCACCAAAAGAUACAAGCAAGGAGGACAACGCAGGGCAUGAUAAGCUUAGUGAGAUGGUUAGCCAGCUGUCAGAAGCCAUGACUGGCGUCAAGCAUGAGCAAGAGUACAUGGAGGUCAGGGAGAGAAUCCAUAGAUCAAUCAAUGACAACACAAACAGCCGAGUGGUGUGGUGGUCGUUCUUCGAGUCUCUUGUUCUUGUUGCCAUGACAUUGGGUCAGGUGUACUACCUCAAGAGGUUCUUUGAAGUGCGAAGAGUAGUCUAAAGAACCACACAAGAUCUUUAACUCUCUAGACAAUAUUUAUCAGCUGUUGUUUGGUUGUUAACCAGAAGAUUAUCUACGGCACUUGUGACAACCAUACAACUUCAUGGUUCGAGCUUCUUCACAAAGCUGAUAACUUACAAAUUUAAGUAAAUUUUCAAAAUACCAAUCCAUACACUAGUGUACCUCCAGAGAAUUCUAUUCAAAUGAACAUCAAGAUGUUAGGUUGAACUUGGAGAUAUAAUUGGGGGAUAUAACACUUGAGAGUUUAAUCACCCUAAAGCUUUACAAAAGUUGUAUGUACAACCAUUUACUUAGUCUGUAAAUAUGCUACCUUGGCUUUUCUCCUUAAUAUUAUUGUAUCUUCCCAUAAGUGAUUAACUUUUAGGCCAGUUUCAGGCAUAUUAAGGUAAAUAAUUACUUACAGCUGUUAGCAUGAGUUUUCUCAGAAAAUGUUAAAAUGUCACACUUUUUUUUCCGGCUCUUUGGAUCAAAAAGAAAAGGAUCCAUGGAACACACUUUGGUUUGUUGUUUUUGUCCAAGCAACUCAAAUUUAUCAAAAUAAACAUUCAGUGAUUUUC